UUUGGUGUUGCUAGGUCGCUACAUAGCUGCAGUCAGUGAUUAUAUUUAAACAGGUAGCAUUUUGAAUUGAGUGAGUCAUCUCGAAGCUAAUGCUAGCUGCUAAAUUAACAACACGUUUGGACUUCGCGGGACUCCGCCCACCUCGGAGUGUGAUUGGUCUAUGCGGACGCCCAUCUUACUAAACUCCGCUGUGAUUGGUUAAAAGUUGACACUGCCUCUUUAAAUGUGCAAAACAUGUUUCCAAAUGUCAAAUUUGAAUGUAGUUAACAUCUGGGCGAACUCGAGCAGUGCUUCGGCCUAAAAAGCCUUUAAUUGGCUCAAAGUGCGGACUGCUGGCUAAUCCAGGUUCACAGGAGGAGAGGCUGAGUGGCUUUUAGCAACACAACAGAACAGGGACAGCCCACACUGUGAUCCAGUUACUGGACAGCAGUGUCGGACUCGGACAGCGAGAGCGGGACCAUGUCCAGGCACAGCCUGCGCUUGGAUGAAGGCCUGCUGGACCGCAGUCUGCCUCUGGGCAGCGCAUCCUUCAGCGUGGUGGGAAGCGGCUGGAGAAACACCAGGGCGCUGAAGUCUCGUCGUUCUCAGCAGCUGUCAGUCUCCUGCUCCGAGUCCGUCCUGGUCCGCACGCCGCGUAAACUCCCCGGACACUCGCUCCACAGCAUGGCGUCCGACGCUUCGCUGCUCUCGUCGCUGCUGGACGAGUCCUCCAUCCAAGAGACCACUGUGGUGGACACCUUCUGGGGUUUGGACCAGGACCUGGACCCGAGAGAGAGCGCCGCCAUGGCGGAGCACGGCGGCAUCCUGGCCAACAGCACUCUGAUCGCUGCUGACUGCCGCCAUCCAGAACAUCCGGUCCGGACGCUGACUCGCGUGCCCUACAGAGACGAGGAGUCCUCAAAGCCCGCCUCCACCAUCUACACCCGGAACCGAAGUCGUCGGGUCAGAACAGCAGGCCUUCUGGGUUCCGUGUGGCACGCUGGCGUGGGCGCCAUCAGGCGGUGCCUCGCCGGCGUCUUUGUAGCGCUGCUGGUGUCGUACCACAAACGCCACCAGGUGUCAGAUGUUCUGCAGCUGUGGUCGGCCUCCUUCCUGUUUUAUUGCCGCUCGGCGCUGAUCAGCGCCCGGCGCCUGGGCCAGGUCGCGCGGUCAAAGACGACAGGGGUCAACGGUCACGGACGGCCGGACUCUCGCCACUGCGGCGUCAUGAGCGCCAAGCAUCAGGAUCUCCACGCCAACGGACCUCUGUGUGAGUUACCGGACGCCAACACGCACACGGGUGAGGCCUGUCAGGAGAAGCAUCAGGUCAGCUCGUCCUCGUCGACCAUGUGGACGCUCGCCGCGUUCGCAGUGUGGUGUGUGCGUCAGCUGACCUCGCUGGUCUGGACCCUGACCAGGACCGCCUUGUCGUCUUUAGACCGCCUCCGACGCCAUGCAGGUGGGACGCUGGGCGGUGCGUUCAGGCGCAUCAGGAGAAGAUGGAGCGACUGUCCUCUGCUGACUUGGUUUGUCCUCUCGGUCCUCGUCCUCGUCUUCAGCUUGUGUUGCUUCAGUCCUGCGGGUUUUGCAGUCCCGAGUGUCCGCGAGUGGAAGACUUCGGUCUCUGAUGUUCCGGUCCUGUCCUCAGUCCACGGCCUCGUAUCAAGGUGGAGCCGAGCAGCGGGUGGCGCUGUGGAGGAAGUGACGGCGUCGGAGUCGGCGCGCCUCGCUCGUCUGGAGCGCGGCAUGGCGUCCUUGUGGGAGCGCGUGGAGUCCGGCGGGCGGCGAGCGAGGCGCAGGCACGGCGAGCUGCUGGCCAUGUACUCUGAUCUCAAGCUGCUUGGCUCCGCCCACAACAGCAAACUGCGCCUGAGCCGCCUGGUGGACCAGCAGCUGUCUCGGCUGAAGAGGAGACUGGACCAGGACCGACUGCAGAGAGGACAGGACUUGGACCAGCAGCAGCGCCAGGCAUCACGUCUGGAUCAUCUGGAGGCCAAGAUGGAGGACGUCCAGUGGAGGCAGGAAGCCACAUCCCCUCCACUUCCUGCUGCGGCCAGCGUGGCGGCGACACACCCUCCGUCCCACGAUGCAUUGCUGGCAGAGGUGGGCCGUCUGGAGGCGGCGCUGGAGGACGUCCGGAGGGACGUGGAGGUUCUGUCAGGAUGCCAAGAUGGCUGCCGCAGACUGGAUCAGAUUUCGGCGCACGUAUCCGCUCAAGUCCGGGAGGAGGUCCGGGUUCUGCUUUACGGGAAUGAUCUGCGAGUUGACUCCGCCCCGUCCGAGCGCUUUGUCAGCGGAGCAGAGCUGCAGGCGUCCUUGGUCUCGCUGGAGCGCAGCAUCCUCCAGAACAUCAGCCGCCAACUGGAUCAGCGCCGCAGCGAGGCGUCCGUGACCGGAGUGGUGAGGACGGAGGAAGGAGGCGCAACUUUGGUUUGUUCUUCACGCUUCAGUUGUGCUGUGCAGGAGGUGAAGGUGAUGGUGGAGAACGCCCUGCGCCUCUUCGCUCACGACCGCACCGGCCUGGCCGACUACGCCCUGGAGUCCGCAGGGGGCAGCAUCCUCAGCACCCGCUGCUCUGAGACCUACAAGACCCAGGCGGCUCUGCUCAGCCUGUUUGGUCUUCCUCUGUGGUAUUUCUCCCAGUCCCCUCGCGUGGUCAUCCAGCCCGACGUCCAUCCUGGGAACUGCUGGGCCUUCAAAGGCUCCACGGGCUUCCUGGUGAUCAGGUUGUCCAUGAGGAUCCUGCCCACCGCCUUCUCCCUGGACCACAUCCCAAAGACUCUGGCGCCACACCGCUCUGUGAGCAGCGCACCACGAGACUUCAGGGUCUACGGCCUGCAGGACGAGCGUGAAGAAGGAGGCAGCCUGCUGGGCUCCUACACCUACCAGGAGGAUGGAGACGCUCUGCAGACGUACUCCGUCACGGCGAGUGAUCACUUCCUGUACGCCACUUCCUGCCCUCCUCGCGCUGACGUACAGUCUGUCCUUCACAGGAAGACAACCACAGAAGCUUCCAGAUCAUCGAGGUCCAGGUCUUGUCCAACUGGGGCCACGCGGACUACACGUGCAUGUACCGCUUCAGAGUGCACGGAUCUCCCAGUGACGCCUGAACGCAUCUCUCAUUGAAGCACUCGGACUGAACUUUGUUUUAAAAGUGUUGAAGCUUCUUCUUUAGCCUUCAUUUCAACGUCUCAUCCAAAUCUCCAACAUUGAGUGCAGAAACUUUAUCUUUUAAACUUUUAUUUUGAAACUACCGAGUGACCUUAAAUGCAAAGUUUGAAUGUGGCCAUAACUUUGCUGAAUGUAAUGUCGUAUUUAUUUUAAUGUCUUUCUAUCUGAUGUGGAAAUAAAAAUGAUCUUCCGAAAAUA